AUGUCGGCCACUCUUUUUCCUCCCGCUUCGGCACGCAUCUCCAAUGCUCAAGACGAGAGCCUCAUCUCUCUUGAGCUUGAGGACGGGCUCGUCUACCAGGGCUACAGCUUUGGUGCCCCGAAGAGCAUCGCCGGUGAACUGGUUUUCCAGACCGGCAUGGUGGGCUAUCCCGAGUCCGUGACUGACCCGUCCUACCGCGGCCAGAUCCUCGUCAUUACCUUCCCUUUGGUCGGUAACUAUGGCGUUCCCUCCCGAGAGACCCUCGAUGAGCUCCUUGGUGACCUUCCGGCUCACUUCGAGUCCUCUCAAAUCCACAUUGCUGGUCUUGUUGCCGCCUCUUACUCGGGCGAGGACUACUCCCACUUUUUGGCCCAGUCCUCUCUCGGGACCUGGCUCAAGGAGCAGGGCGUCCCUGCCAUGUACGGAGUCGACACUCGUGCUUUGACCAAGCACAUUCGAGAGAAGGGAAGCAUGCUGGGCCGCAUGCUCCUUCAGAAGAAGGGCCUGACCAACGGUCUCACCAAUGGCCAGGUCAAUGGCAGCACCGGCCUGCACAGCUCGGCCAAUUGGAGGAGUCAUUUUGAGACCCUGGACUGGGUCGAUCCCAACGAGAAGAACCUCGUGGCAGAGGUGUCGGUCAAGGCCCCCAAGCUGUACAAGCCCCCCACCAGCUCGACUCUCAAGCACCCUUCUGGGCGCCCCGUGCGAAUUCUCUGCGUCGACGUCGGUAUGAAAUACAACCAGCUGCGAUGCUUCCUCAAGAGGGGUGUCGAGGUCCUCGUGUGCCCCUGGGAUUACGACUUCGCUGCGGGUGCUGGAACUGAGUACGAUGGUCUCUUCCUGUCCAACGGUCCUGGCGACCCGGCUGUCCUGGAGCAGACUGUGAAGCGGGUCUCGGCCGCCAUCGCCAAGAAUGUCGUCCCCAUCUUCGGUAUCUGCUUGGGCCACCAGCUCCUCGCCAGAGCAGCUGGAGCCGGCACUAUCAAGAUGAAGUUCGGUAACCGCGGCCACAACAUCCCAUGCACGAGCAUGGUCACGGGCAAAUGUCACAUCACCUCCCAGAACCAUGGUUUCGCUGUCAAUGCCGAAACCUUGACCAAUGGCUGGAAGGAGCUCUUCGUCAAUGCCAACGAUGGCAGCAACGAGGGUAUCAUGCACGUCGACAGGCCUUAUUUCAGUGUCCAGUUCCAUCCGGAGAGCACUCCCGGCCCUCGGGACACCGAAUAUCUUUUCGAUGUCUUCAUCAACACAGUCAUGAAGUGUGCUGCCGAUAGCAAGCUCUUGUCUCAGCCCGUUAGCUUCCCCGGCGGCACUGUCGAGGAGAACAACAAGCUUCACCCGCGUGUCCACGUCAAGAAGGUUCUCGUCCUCGGCAGUGGUGGUCUCAGCAUUGGCCAGGCUGGAGAGUUUGAUUACUCUGGAAGUCAGGCCAUCAAGGCUCUGAAGGAGGAGGGCAUCUACACCGUGCUCAUCAACCCCAACAUUGCCACCAUUCAAACGUCCAAGGGUCUGGCCGAUAAGGUUUACUUCCUUCCUGUCAACGCCGACUUCGUCCGCAAGGUGAUCAAGUACGAGCGCCCCGAUGCCAUUUACUGUACUUUUGGUGGUCAGACCGCCCUCCAGGUCGGAAUUCAGCUCAAGGAUGAGUUCGCAGGCCUCGGAGUCCAGGUCCUCGGUACUCCCAUCGACACCAUCAUCACCACCGAGGACCGUGAGCUCUUUGCACGAAGCAUGGAGUCCAUUGGCGAGAAGUGUGCCAAGUCUGCAUCGGCCAACAACGUUGAGGAGGCAAUGCGCGUUGUGAAGGACAUUGGCUUCCCCGUCAUUGUCCGUGCCGCCUAUGCCCUGGGUGGUCUUGGAAGCGGCUUCGCCAACAAUGAGGCAGAGCUCCUCGAUCUCUGCAACAAGGCGUUCGCAGCCAGUCCUCAGGUGCUCAUCGAGCGCAGUAUGAAGGGCUGGAAAGAGAUCGAGUACGAGGUUGUCCGAGACGCUCAGGACAACUGCAUCACUGUUUGUAACAUGGAGAACUUCGAUCCUCUGGGCAUCCACACUGGCGAUUCCAUCGUCGUUGCCCCCUCGCAGACCCUUUCCGACGAGGACUACAACAUGCUUCGCACCACCGCUGUCAAUGUUAUCCGUCACCUGGGUGUAGUCGGCGAGUGCAAUAUUCAGUACGCACUGAACCCUUUCUCACGAGAAUACUGCAUUAUCGAGGUCAAUGCGAGAUUGUCUAGAUCUUCUGCUCUCGCUUCCAAGGCCACCGGCUACCCAUUGGCCUUCAUUGCGGCCAAGCUCGGCCUUGGUAUCCCGCUCAAGGACAUUUCAAACUCUGUCACCAAGGUCACAUGCGCCUGCUUCGAGCCAUCGCUGGAUUACGUUGUUGUUAAGAUGCCCCGUUGGGAUCUGAAGAAGUUCACUCGCGUCUCCACACAGCUUGGUUCGUCAAUGAAGAGUAUUGGUGAGGUCAUGAGCAUUGGUCGCACCUUCGAGGAGGCAAUUCAAAAGGCCAUUCGCUCCAUUGACUUCCAUAACCUGGGUUUCAACGAGACCAAGGCUCUGAUGUCCAUCGACGACGAGUUGCAGACGCCUUCAGACCAGCGUCUUUUUGCGAUUGCCAAUGCCAUGCACGCCGGCUACUCGGUCGACAAGAUCUGGGAGAUGACCAAGAUUGACAAGUGGUUCUUGCACAAGCUCAAGGGCCUCAGCAACUUCGCCCAGGAUAUGAGUCAAUACUCUGCCAAUGACAUUGCCUCUCGCCCUGACCUCAUUCUCGAGGCCAAAAGACUCGGCUUCUGCGAUCGUCAGCUGGCUAAGUUCUGGAGCUCCAACGAGCUGAAUGUUCGCCGCAUGCGGCUCGAGGCUGGAAUCACCCCCUUCGUCAAGCAGAUCGAUACGGUAGCUGCCGAGUUCCCUGCAUACACGAACUACCUCUACCUCACUUACAAUGCUACCGAGAGUGACGUCAGCUUCGAUGACCAUGGUGUCAUGGUUCUUGGUUCUGGCGUGUACCGCAUCGGUUCAUCCGUCGAAUUCGACUGGUGCUCCGUGAGAGCUAUCCGUACCCUCCGCGAGUCCGGUUUCAAGACAAUCAUGGUAAAUUACAAUCCCGAGACCGUCAGCACAGAUUACGAUGAGGCCGAUAAGCUGUAUUUCGAGAAUAUCAACCUCGAGACGGUUCUCGACAUUUACCAGAUGGAGGCGGCAGGCGGUGUUCUGGGUGCCAUGGGCGGCCAGACGCCCAACAACAUUGCCCUUCCCUUGCUGCGAUCCGGGGUCAAGGUCCUCGGAACGUCUCCCGAGAUGAUCGACAAUGCCGAGAACAGGUACAAGUUCUCGCGAAUGCUUGACAGGAUCGGCGUUGACCAGCCGACCUGGAAGGAGCUCACCAGCUUCGAGGAGGCCAAGGAGUUCUGCAACAACGUCUCCUUCCCUGUGCUGGUCCGGCCGUCCUAUGUUCUUUCUGGUGCCGCGAUGAACACCGUCUACUCUGAGGCGGACCUCGAAUCGUAUCUGCAGCAGGCUGCGGAGGUCUCUCGUGAGCACCCUGUCGUCAUCACCAAGUACAUUGAGAACGCCAAGGAGAUCGAGAUGGACGCUGUUGCCAAGGACGGCCAGGUUAUCGGGCACUUUAUCUCUGAGCACGUUGAGAAUGCUGGUGUUCACUCUGGUGACGCUACUCUCAUCCUUCCUCCCCAGGAUCUCGAGCAGACCACCAUUGCCCGUAUCGAAGAGGCUACCCGCAAGAUUGGCGCCGCCCUCAACGUGACUGGACCUUUCAAUAUUCAGUUCAUUGCCAAGGACAAUGAUAUCAAGGUCAUCGAGUGCAACGUUCGUGCCUCGCGAUCUUUCCCCUUUGUCUCCAAGGUCAUGGGCGUCGACCUCAUCGAACUGGCAACCAAGGCCAUCAUGAACCUGCCUGUCGAGGAGUACCCUGCGCACGAGCGCAUCGCCAACUCGGUCGCCUGCAAGGUCCCUCAGUUCAGUUUCUCGAGACUGUCUGGAGCCGACCCCGUCCUUGGUGUGGAGAUGGCCUCCACUGGAGAGGUCGCGUGCUUCGGUGUUGACAAGUACGAGGCUUACCUGAAGGCUCUCAUCUCUACCGGAUUCAAGAUCCCCAAGAACAAUGUGCUGUUGUCUAUCGGAUCCUACAAGGACAAGAAGGAGAUGCUUCCUUCGGUUGCCAGGCUGCAGAAGCUUGGUUACAAGCUCUUCGCCACUGCGGGAACUGCCGACUUCCUGCAAGCGCACAACAUCCCUGUUCAGUACCUGGAAGCUCUUGGUGACGAGAAGGAUGCUCAAAAGUCCGAGUUCUCCCUGACUCAGCAUCUUUCGAACAACAUGAUCGACCUGUAUAUCAACCUGCCCUCCAACAACAAGUACAGACGCCCCGCCAACUACAUGAGCAAGGGCUACCAGACUAGACGUAUGGCUGUCGAUUACCAGAUUCCCCUGGUGACCAAUGUCAAGAACGCCAAGAUUCUUGUCGAGGCUAUCGCCAGACAUUUCGAGAUGGGUAUCAGCAUUCAGGAUUACCACACGAGCCACCAACGAGCUAUCCUCCCUGGCCUGAUUAACAUUGCGGCUUUCGUGCCUGGCUUGGUUUCGGAGGGCAACCACGAUCUCCAGUCUGUGACCAAGGCCUCGAUUGCUUCUGGCUUCAGCAUGGUCCGGGUGAUGCCUUUGGGCGUGGACGGCUCAAUCACAGACGCCCGCACCCUCAAGGUUGCCCAGGUCAACAGCAGGGAUGGUGUCCACUGCGACUUCAACCUCUCGAUCGCUGCCACCUCUACCAACGCGAACCAGAUCAGCCAUGUUGCUGGAGAGGUCGGAUCGCUUUUCAUCCCAUUCCACCACCUCUCUGACAACAUCAGCAAGGUCGCAGCAGUCACGGCUCACUUUGAUGCUUGGCCGGAUCACAAGCCGAUCGUCACUGAUGCCAAGACUACUGAUCUCGCGUCGAUCCUCUUGUUGGCCAGCCUCCACAGCCGGCGAAUCCAUGUCACUUGCGUCACCACCAAGGAAGACAUCCGCCUUAUUGCGUUGAGCAAGGAGAAGGGCCUGAGCGUGACAUGCGAUGUCUCGAUCUACUCGCUGUACCUGUCUCAGAGGGACUACCCUGGCUGCCAACUUCUGCCGACCUUUGAGGACCAGACCGCUCUCUGGGAGCACCUGGAUACGAUCGAUGUCUUCUCCGUCGGAAGCCUUCCUUACCAGCUGGCUCACUCCCUCAAGAAGACUGCUGGCGCAGCAUCUGGCAUUGCCGACGCACUGCCGCUCCUGCUGACCUCGGUUUCGGAGGGCAAGCUCACUCUUGAUGACAUCAAGACUCGUCUUCACACCAACCCCAUGGAAAUCUUCGAGCUCCACGAGCAGGUCGGCACGACGGUUGAAGUUGAGCUGAACCGGCCCUACGUGGUGUCAGCCUCUGAUAUCUGGUCGCCGUUCGAAGGCCGCACUAUGAGGGGUGCUGUGCAACGGGUUACCUUCAUGGACAAGGUUGUUUGCCUUGAUGGCGGUGUGUUGCCUGUCGCUCCUGAGGGCAAGGACAUGUCUACCUAUGGAGCUCUUCCCCCCCUGUCACCGCCCCUGAAGGCGGUGCAGCAGACACCCAUCCCCGAGAGAGAGUCGCCGUUUGAUCGCCGCCCUUCGAUGCUGUCGAGUGCUCGCCCGCCGACAAGAUCUAGGAACAUUGACUCGGCCUUCGGCAUCCUCCCUCCGGCAGCCAAGGUCGGCACGCCGGAGCUUGGUCCGUCGUUCCUUCCCCGUGACUCGCUGGUGCCGUCCAACUUGCAGGAUCUUCUUGCCCAGCCGUCUGGCUUCAAACACCGAUCGCUUCUCUCUGUGAUGGAUCUUGACCGGUCUGAUCUCCACCUCCUCUUGACUGUUGCUCAGGAGAUGCGUCUUUUGGUGCAGCGCGAGGGUGUGCUUGACCUCCUCCGAGGCCGUGUCCUCUGCACGCUCUUCUACGAGCCAUCUACUCGCACUUCGUCGUCCUUCGAUGCAGCUAUGCAGCGCCUGGGCGGUAGGACCAUCCCUGUGGCUACCUCGACGUCGUCUGUGCAGAAGGGCGAGAGUCUGCAGGACACGCUGCGGACUCUUGGUCAGUACGGAGAUGCUAUUGUGUUGCGUCACCCUGACGAGAGCUGCGUCGAUGUCGCGAAGAAAUACUCGCCGGUGCCAGUCAUCAACGCCGGUAACGGCAGCAAGGAGCACCCCACUCAGGCAUUCUUGGACCUCUUCACCAUCCGGGAGGAGCUCGGAACCGUGCAGGGUCUGACGAUCACGUUUGUUGGUGAUCUCCUGUACGGACGCCCGGUGCACUCCCUUGUGCACCUGCUCCGUCACUACCACGUGCAAGUGCAGCUUGUGGCGCCCAAGGCCCUCGCUCUGCCCGCCAAGCUUAGGGAGGAGCUGCGAAGCCGCGGACAGCUUCUUUGCGAGUCCGAGUCGCUCACUCCCGAGAUCAUUGCUGGCAGUGAUGUUCUCUACAUGACGCGGGUGCAGAAGGAGAGAUUCCCGAGCGAGGAGGAAUACAACAAGGUCAAGGGCUCGUACAGGAUUGACAAUGCGACGCUCCGGCACGCAAAGACCAACAUGGUGGUGCUGCACCCGCUGCCGAGGAAUGAGGAGAUUGCAGAGGAGGUUGACUUUGACCAGCGUGCUGCCUACUUCCGACAGCCUGCUCCUGCUGCUCCCCCAGAGAAAGUGUUGAGCAGUUUGAUGCAACGACUCAAUCUCUCACGAUCGAUACAUUCAGCAGCGCCACUAUUCAGAAGGAUGGCGCUUCAUCCUCCGCAGAAAGACCAAGAUAAGCUCAUCUUCGCGCCCACCGGCGCGGGAACGAGCGGCGCGGCCGAGCAGUUCACCAAGCACGAGCUGCUCGGCCUCCGGCGCGCCGACCUCGACCCGUCGAGCCCCAUCACGCAGUUCCACGCGUGGUUCAGCGCCGCCCACGCCUUCAACCGCGGCGAGGGAGACGACGCCGCCGCGGCGCCGGCGACGGCGCUGCCCAGGGUCGCGCACCCGGAGACGUGCACGCUGUCGACGGCCUCGCUGCCCUCGGGCCGCGUGUCCUCGCGCGUCGUCUACCUCAAGGAGCUCGACCCGCGGGGGUUCGUCAUCUACUCCAACUUUGGCACGUCGCGCAAGGCGGCCGACCUGGCGACCAACCCGCGCGCGGCGCUGACCUUUUGGUGGGAGGCGCAGGAGCGGCAGGUGCGCGUCGAGGGCGCGGCCGAGAGGCUGAGCCGGGAGGAGAGCCAGCGGUACUUCUCGACGCGGGUGCGGGGCAGCCGCCUCGGCGCCUGGGCGAGCCGGCAGAGCGCCGUGCUGGAGCCCGACGCCGACGCCGGUGCGUCGUGCGCGGGCGGCGAGGCCGACGACGACGACGACGACGGCCGGGCGCAGCUCGAGCGGUGGGUGCGCGAGGCCGAGGACAGGUUCGACGGGGUCGAGGACGUGCCGGUGCCCGAGUUCUGGGGCGGGCUGCGCGUCGUGCCGGACAGGGUCGAGUUCUGGCAGGGCCGGCAGAACCGGCUGCACGACCGGUUCGUGUACGAGCGGGAGGACAGUGAGGGGGCGGCCCAGCUCACGGAGGGCCGGGGGCUCGAGGGCUCCGAGUGGACUCUUAACCGGCUGAGUCCUUGA